AUAAAGUUGUCAUUGAUUAUAACCUAAUCAUCCGUUCAAUAUUUUUUGGUAUUUCAAUUUCCCUCCAUAAAAAAUUUAUUGGAAAAAUUUUCGAAAUUAAAUUUAGAAAAUAAAUUUAAUUGAUUUUUUUUACAGCCUAUAUAUAAAAAGCCUUUCGACAAUAAUUAUAAGAAAAUUAUUAAAAAAUCGGCGCCGUAUUUAAAAUAAUAAAUUACUCAUGUGAUCUGCAAUAUAUCAGCCAUCAUUAUCAUCAUAUCAUCGAUUAUCAUAGUGUAUAUUUUCAACAAUCAAUCAUAAUCAUUGAUACUCGAAUUGAAUGAAACUCCUCUAAUAAUACGGAUUCCCAAUUGAUGACACAACAACACUAACAACUAUCAUAAACACAAGUUCAACGGUCCAUUGAAACAACAAAAAAACGACAGCCAUAAAUUUGAUAAAACCCACACUUCAAAUAUCUCCUUUUAAUUUAUUAAUUUUUUUUAUCCAAUAUUGCUCAACAGUCAAUUAUCUCACCGUGUGAGCAUCCGUUUUACUUGAAAGGAUUCUUAAUUUUUUUAAAAAUUUCUUUUCAUUAUUAAUUUGGUUCGAUCAAGACGUAUAUCAAUCAAUCAUCACUCAUCGUCAUCAAUAUCAAUCAUCAUUCAAACAUCGAACACCAAUUUAUUCGUCUUUCAUAUUAAAUUUUGAAUUGGUUGUGAAAAAAAGAAAUGAAUAACUCAUCAUCCACAAAUCUGGCCGAUAACGAAGAAAAUAAAAUGGCCGAUAAUCCAUCAACAACAACAUCAACGACGACUGAAGAAGAUAGAGGUGGCCAUCAUUUGUCAUUGAUUCAAAAAUUGGCCAUCAGUAUGGGCCAUGUAUUCAAUGAUUUAUGUGCUGCAUUCUGGUUUACAUAUCUUCUUAUAUUUAUGCAUUUUGUCAAUCAAUUUAAUAGUAAUACUUCGGGAACAUUAAUGUUAGUUGGUCAAGUUGCCGAUGGUCUUGCAACACCAUUUGUCGGUAUUGAAUGUGAUCGAAGAUUGGAUUGGUUUUUCUGUAAAUAUGGCCGCAGGAAAUGUUGGCAUCUUAUUGGUACAUUAUGUGUAUUUUUAUCAUUUCCAUUUUUAUUUAAUCAAUGUAUUGGAUGUGCCAAUUCACCCGAAAAUUCACAAAUGAUUUAUUAUGCUGCAUUUAUAACAAUAUUUCAAUUUGGUUGGGCUUCUGUACAGAUUUCACAUCUAUCAUUGAUUCCCGCUUCAACACCAAGUUCAUCGGAACGUAUCGAAUUAAAUUCUUAUCGUUAUGCGUUCACUGUAUUCGCUAACAUUGCUGUUUAUAUAUUAAUGUGGCUUUUGUUGAAAACCAAUGAUGAAGAAGAUGGUUCACAAAUCAGUCCAAAUGAUGCAUCCACGUUCCGAAACGUUGCUUUCAUUAUCAUUGCUAUUGGUUCAGUAUUUUCAUUGAUAUUUCAUCUUGGAACACGUGAACGAAAUACUGAUAAUGAUGAUGAAAUUAGAGAUCAAGAACAACAACAACAGGUGUCGACAAUAUCGACCAAUGAAAAGAGUGUAGAAUGUCGUGUUACCGUAUGGCAUGGUUGGUUUCAACAAAUACGUUUCUAUAAAGUAGCCUUACUUUAUAUGGGCACCCGUUUGACAAUCAAUCUUACGCAAGUUUAUAUUCCAAAUUAUCUUCAAGAAACAUUACGUUUGCCAAAAAAAAGCGUUGCAUACAUUCCUUUAGUUACUUAUACAAGUGGAUUCGUUAGUUCAUUUUUACUGAAAUAUAUUAAUCAAAAAUUGGGCAAAAAGGUAAAUAAUAAUAAUAAAAUGGCCAAUCGAUUGAUUAAAGUUUACAAUUUACAACAGAUAACAUUUUUAAUUGGUGCCAUAUUAUCAUUGGGUGCCUGUACAUGGAUCUAUUUUGGUACCAAUGAAGGUUUCAAACAAUGGGGAAUAUUUAUUGUUUCAAUUAUAAUCGGUGCAUCCAAUUCGAUAAUGCUCAUAACCAGUCUUGGUAUUACUAAUGAUUUGAUUGGCAAAAAUACGGCGAGCGGAUCGUUCGUAUUUGGUGCCAUGAGUUUUGUUGAUAAAGUAUCAAAUGGAUUGGCUGUUUGGCUUAUUGAACAUUUUAAACCUUGCGCAACUUUUUCGUGUAUAAUCUGUGAUUAUUAUUAUCGAGAUAUAUUGACAUUUGUUUGUGGUGGUGCUACAGCAUUGGCUAUUGCUAGCUUAGCUCUAAUGUUGAUGGAUAAAAAGAAAAAACUAUCAUUAAUGAAUGAGCAUCCAACAUCAACAACUAUUGCUGCUGCAACAAUCAUCGAUCCAAAUCUUACACCAAUAUCCGGUGAAAAUAUUAUUGAUGAUGAUGACGAACCAAAUUUAUUGACACCAUUGCUCAAUAACAAUCGUUCCACUCGUCGUUGAAUUUAUUAUUAUUUUUUUAAUUUCAUCAUUUUUAUAUAUAGAAAAUAUCUAUGUGCAAUGAUAGAAAAAAUUUUUGAUAAAUUUAUACAACAUUAUUAGGUU